AUGAUCACACCGUCCAGCAUUGCCGGUAGCUUCGGCGGAGCCAUCAAUAUGACCGCCUGUAGCGCCGCUCCAUCGUGGAAUACGCAGCAACCUGUCGGUCGCUCGGCUACUGUAACGCUGCAGCAGCUCAGCGGCUUCAGUAUGCGCAAUCUGUCAGUCUACGGCACUAGCGGCGACUCGCUGCUCAACGUAUACUUUAAACUAGUGGUGGACGGUCGUAUCGUGUACGAGAGCGAGGUAGCGCGCAACACACUGAACCCCGUGUGGAUUCGACAUUGUCGUUGUGCGCGUACACGACCGUAA